ACGUCGUCAGGUGGCUGAAACGAUACAUCGUCGCAAAGAUAUACUUUCUGCAAGCGUGUGGGUGUUGGUGGUGCCGUUGGUUGGCGGAAAGCUGAGAUCUGAUUAGGAAUGGCAAGCUGCUCCCUCUGUCGAGUGCUCUUGUUGUUCCUCACUCUUUCAGACUCAUUUGUCCAAAUUUUCAGCGCUGGAAUUGGAAUAAACUAUGGACAGAUCGCCAACAACCUCCCCUCGCCCCCUCGUGUUGCCAUCCUCCUUGGAUCCCUCAACAUCACUAGAGUAAAACUUUAUGAUACAGACCCGAAUGUUCUUCUUGCCUUCUCCAACUCGAAUGUUGAUUUCAUUGUUGGGCUAGGAAAUGAUAAUCUUGAAGAUAUGAGCGACCUCAUCAAAGCUCAAGCUUGGGUUGAACAGCAUGUUCAACCCCACCUUCCUCAAACGAAGAUUACUUGUAUCCUUGUUGGAAAUGAGGUAUUCGCCAGCAAUGACACUCAAUUAAGGUCUAGUCUCCUCCCGGCGAUGCAAUCCGUAUAUCGGGUUCUUGUUAAUCUUGGAUUAGAUAAACAAGUUAUUGUCACAACUGCACAUUCUCUUACCAUUUUAGGCAACUCCUACCCUCCGUCAGCAGGAACUUUUAGGGAAGAUCUUGUUCAAUAUCUCCAACCCCUUAUAAACUUUCAUUCACAGAUCAAAUCUCCCUUCUUAAUAAAUGCGUAUCCGUAUUUUGCAUACAAGGAUGACCCAUCUCAGGUGCCAUUAGAGUAUGUGCUGUUUCAACCUAACCAAGGGAUGACUGAUCCUAGCACGAAUCUGCACUAUGAUAACAUGUUGUAUGCUCAAAUUGAUGCUGUCUAUUCGGCAAUUAAAGCAAUGGGGCAUACAGAUAUUGAGGUUAUUGUUUCAGAGACCGGUUGGCCAUCUAAAGGGGAUGCCGAUGAGGCAGGAGCUACAGUAGAGAAUGCAGAGUUAUAUCAUGCUAAUUUGUUGCAGAGAAUAGCCCAGAAGGAAGGUACUCCUGCAAAACCGUCAACUCCAAUUGACAUAUACGUGUUUGCGCUUUUCAAUGAGAAUUUAAAGCCUGGUCCGGCAUCAGAGAGGAAUUAUGGCCUUUACUACCCUGAUGGUACCCCAGUUUACAACAUCGGAUUACAGGGCAAUCUGGCAGGGACUCCUCUUUCAGCUCCUCUUUCAGCUUCCAACAAAACUGCUUUUUCUGUCUUCAACUUUCUUAUGCUCUUUCUCAUCUCAUGCUUCAACUUGAGAAUUUGUCAAAGGGAGGGAAGAAGAGGAAUUUCUUGAAAUGAUUCAAAUCCAAGAGGAAUUACUGCAGGGAGGCAGUGGUUGGGGGAGCUUUCAUUUCUAACAUCGAAGUUAUUCCAGCAUCGAUGGAUGGGACCCAGCUUUGAUAACAAUAAGCUGCACGUACGAGACCCAUCAUGUAGAAUAUAUAUAAUAGUGAUCUUAGCUAUUCAGUUACACAUUAGGUUGUAAGAUAUACGAGUUUUUUAGCUGAACUUUUAAGGGUAAGGGAGAACUUGCAUGGUGAGAAAUUGUAGUUUAGGAUUAUAGGCAUCGAUUACAGCGUUUUCCUUUGUAUGGAGCAUAGAAUUUUGAUUUUUCAACCAUAUUUAGGAAAGAAUUUACUGGUUUUCUAAAUUGUGAGCAACCCUUUCCUUCUUUAUGUAAGCUUAAUUUUAUGAUAUAUGAUUUUGAUA